AUAAAACCCAUCCCAAGUGAAGGCUGGUCUGAGAGCAGUUAGGACGCCGCCGGUGGUGUGUGUGUGUGUAUGUGUGUAUGUGCGCUCUUCAGUCGGAAACAUAGGGAUCUUUGUAUCAACUAGUAGUAGUAGUAGUACCCACCAAGCCCGAACACAACAGGGAACAGCCAUGCCUUUCGGAAACACGCACAACAAGUCGAAGCUGAAAUACUCCUCUGAGCAGGAGUACCCGGACCUCAGCAAACACAACAAUUACAUGGCCAAGAUCCUGACUGCGGCCAUGUACGAGCAACUGCGGACCAAAGAGACACCCAGUGGAUUUACUCUGGAUGAUGUUAUUCAGACUGGGGUUGAUAACCCAGGCCACCCGUUUAUUAUGACCGUGGGCUGUGUGGCUGGGGAUGAGGAGACGUAUGAAGUUUUCAAAGAGCUGCUGGAUCCUGUGAUUCAGGACAGACAUGGAGGUUACAAACCCACAGACAAGCACAAGACUGACCUGAACCCGGACAACCUGAAGGGCGGCGAUGACCUUGACCCCAAGUAUGUCCUGAGCUCCCGGGUCAGAACAGGACGCAGCAUACGUGGCUUCUGUCUCCCACCGCACUGCAGCCGUGGAGAGCGGCGGGCCGUGGAGAAGCUCUCUGUUGAAGCUCUGGCCGCUCUCAGUGGAGACCUGAAGGGGAAAUACUACGCUCUGAAGAACAUGAGCGAGGCAGAGCAGCAGCAGCUCAUUGAUGACCACUUCCUCUUUGACAAGCCCGUGUCCCCUCUACUGCUGGCCUCAGGAAUGGCCCGUGAUUGGCCGGACGCCAGAGGAAUCUGGCACAACGACAACAAGACCUUCCUGGUGUGGGUGAAUGAGGAAGACCACCUGCGCGUGAUUUCCAUGCAGAAGGGAGGAAAGAUGAAGGAAGUGUUCACUCGCUUCUGCACCGGUCUCACCAAGAUCGAGACCCUGUUCAGGGACCGGGGCCACGCCUUCAUGUGGAACGAACACCUGGGUUACGUUCUGACCUGCCCCUCCAACCUGGGCACCGGCCUGCGAGCAGGAGUGCAUGUGAAGCUGCCAAACAUGAGCAAGCACGCCAAGUUUGACGAGAUUCUCUCCAAACUGAGGCUCCAGAAACGGGGCACUGGCGGCGUGGACACCGCUGCCGUCGGCGGAGUGUUUGACAUCUCCAACGCUGACCGACUGGGCUUCUCCGAGGUGGAGCUGGUCCAGAUGGUGGUUGACGGGGUCAAGCUGCUGGUGGAGAUGGAGAAGAGGCUGGAGAAAGGCCAGCCCAUUGACAACCUGAUGCCUACCCAGAAGUAAAGUCCUCCUAAAGAGGAAAUAAAAGACAAAGAAUACUCCUGUUUCUCCCUUUCUGUUCCUUUCUAACCACCGCUAUCGUCCCUCAAAGCCCUGCACUCUGAUUGGCUGCACUCCCAGUUUCACUUGUUGACUUGUGUAUUUAAGAUCUGAAAUGCAAUAAAAAAAUGGUUUGUUUCAA